GUACCGGAUCUGGUUUUGCAGAUACUCACUCACAUAUACUGUAGUGCCGACUGUGUUUUACAGUCUGUCUGCAUUGCGUCGAACCCCCCCUCCUCCUCUCCUCUUUCUCACUCCCCUCACUCACUCACUCACUCACUCUAUCCUAACCCCUCCCUCCCUCCUUCACACACUUUUUCUUUUUUCUCUCCACAUGAAAUCCUGCAAUAUGCUACCAAAUUACCGGAGACACAUCCUCUCUCUCCUAUAGUGCGGGAUCCUGAGCCGUUUUUCCUUAAACCCUCCGCGCCUUUUUUUUUUUUUUGGAUAUCUAAUACCGCAGCAUAAAAACAGGAGAGAGCCGCUUUCUGCUGAUGCUGCAGUGUCCAGUCCUCCCAGUUCUCUCCACCACACUGGGAGCUUGAUCCAGCUUUAUUUUCCAUUUUUUUCUACGUGUCCUCUGCCUUCUUUUUUUCCAGCAUGAUUUUGAUAAAUUGUCAGUCAGGAUUUUUGCUGCUGAGCCGCGGUUCACAGCCGUCUGAAGCCUCCUCCUCCUCUUCUUCCUCCUCCUCAUGCGGGCUGCUCCGAUCGACGCUGAAAACCUACACCAAGAGGAUACGGAUGUUGACCAAGACAACAUAGUCUAUUAAUAUUUCAGAGAUACUGUAAAGCGAUAUCAGUAUUAAACCCCAAGUUGUGGUGGGUGGCCGGGGAAAGGUGCGCACGGUGAGGACGUUCAUCUGCUGCUCUCCAACUCAGCUCAGGUGACGGAUAAAGCAUUGCUGAGAGAAAGGAGAUGUUCAUCUCAGAGAUGAUGGUGAUGAUGAUGGAGAAGGAGGCUCUGCACAGCUCCCGGUCUCACUAGGAGCUUCUGCACUCCGACCUGCCUCCACCCCUCUUCUACUUCACACUACUUCCUCUUCCUGUCCUCCACCCCACCAGGAAGGAUGACCGUAGUGUCCACAGACAACAUGGAUGAGACCUCCACCCUGCCAGGUCACCCGCAGGAUCCCUACCCGCCUGAUGACGACCAUGACGACCACGACUGCUGUGAGCGGGUGGUCAUCAACAUCUCAGGGCUGCGCUUUGAGACCCAGCUCAAGACCCUCGCCCAGUUCCCAGACACACUCCUCGGGAACCCCAAGAAGAGGAUGCGCUAUUUUGACCCCCUACGAAAUGAGUACUUCUUUGACCGGAAUCGUCCGAGCUUCGAUGCCAUCUUGUAUUACUAUCAAUCUGGGGGACGGUUGAGAAGACCGGUCAAUGUGCCGCUGGAUAUGUUCUCAGAGGAGAUUAAAUUUUAUGAACUGGGCGCAGAGGCCAUGGAGAAAUUUCGGGAGGACGAAGGAUUCAUUCGGGAGGAGGAGCGACCCCUGCCAGAGAAGGAGUUCCAGCGGCAGAUCUGGCUUCUCUUCGAGCAUCCAGAGAGCUCUGGACCUGCCCGGGGGAUCGCCAUCGUCUCAGUGAUGGUUAUUCUUAUUUCAAUAGUCAUAUUUUGUUUGGAGACACUUCCAGAGCUGAAGGAGGAUCCCAGUGACCGGAUGCAGAUCGUGGGGAACACCACCGUGUUUUACAAACCAAAUGUCCUCACAGACCCUUUCUUCGUGGUGGAGACCCUCUGCAUCAUCUGGUUUUCCUUUGAGUUGAUAGUUCGGUUUUUCGCAUGCCCCAGCAAGGCGGCGUUCUUUAAAAACAUGAUGAACUCUAUCGACAUUGUGGCUAUAAUCCCAUACUUCAUCACACUUGGCACAGAGCUGGCUGAUGACCAAGGCAACAAGGAGGGGAAGGGAGGAGGGGAGCAGGCCACAUCUCUGGCUAUUCUCAGGGUAAUCCGUCUGGUGAGGGUUUUCAGGAUCUUUAAACUGUCCCGACACUCGAAGGGGCUCCAGAUUCUGGGGCAAACUCUGAAGGCGAGCAUGCGGGAGCUGGGCUUGCUCAUCUUUUUCCUCUUCAUUGGUGUGAUUUUGUUCUCCAGCGCUGUCUACUUCGCCGAGGCCGAGGAGAAGGAGUCGUUCUUCACCAGCAUCCCGGACGCCUUCUGGUGGGCCGUGGUGUCUAUGACAACCGUUGGCUAUGGGGACAUGUACCCUGUGACCAUUGGAGGGAAGAUUGUGGGCUCGCUGUGCGCCAUCGCCGGCGUGUUGACCAUCGCCCUGCCAGUGCCGGUCAUUGUGUCCAACUUCAACUACUUCUACCACCGGGAGACGGAGGGCGAGGAGCAGGCCCAGCUGCUCAACGUGAGCAACCAGAACUUGGCGUCAGACACCAACUCGAGUCGCCGCAGCUCCUCGGUUGUCAGCAAGUCGGAGUACAUGGAGAUAGAUGAGGACAUGAACAACAGCAUCGAUAACUUUAGGGAAGCAAACCUUAGGACUGCCAACUGCACGGCUCCGAGCCAGAACUGUGUGAACAAGGGGAAACUGCUCACCGACGUGUGAGGCGGCGUUCAAACGCACCAGUGUAAAUAUUGUAGAAAUGUCUGGAUGCUUUAUCUCCAUUGGUGCAUUUUAUUCUCUCUUUUUUUGCAUUGAUUCAUUCAAACAUGUGUGAAGACUUAAGUAGUUUUAAAGCACACAUGGUAAAAUUAUAAGAGUAGAAGCUCAGUUAUUUCAUUAAAAAAAUCAAAACAAACGAGAUUUGUUUGGCAAUAGGACAAAGAUCAGCAGGUGUCAAGGGAACAUUUUUGAUAAAUUGUUCAACUGAUUUAGCAACUUUUAUUCUUGAAUUCCUUAACUUAGGCUGUAAAAUUAAAAGGGGAAAGCCACCAAUUUUACACAUAAAGAUUCAUUUGUUAGUCUCUGUGCAUACAAAGCCCAUUGUAUUUAUGUCUUCAUUGUCUCUGGAAGAUUACUGUUCAAUCAUGAAACUUGAGGCAUGGAGUUAUAAACACAUGGGUAGGCCAGAAGGAGACACUAUCAAGUUGCAUUAUGGGAAAUAUGUCUCUAAUUAGUUCCAAAUUUUUGGAAGUUUAAACAGUGUAACUUUGGUUUUAGACUGAGGUGUUGGUGUUAAAACACAAUCUUGUGUUGUCUUUGACAUCUAUUAAAUGUAUUUUGAGGAUUACAGCUUGUUUUGCUGCACAAACCAAGAUCAGUCACAUCAAAAAGAGUCAACUUCCUUUUUCUGGAGCUCUUCACAGAUUGAUAGAGACACAAAAGAGAAACAAGGGAUCAAAAUAAAUCAUUUAAAAAGGGAAGUUGUAGUAAACAAAGCAAUGCAAGAGUAUUUGUACAGAACCUUUCAACAAGGCAGCUGUAAUGGUUUACUUAAGAUAAAACAAACAAUGCAUAAUAAAAAAGGCACAAACAGGAGAGUAAGUUUUAAGCCUUGAUUUUAAAAGGAAUGAGAGUUGAACUCUGAAACUUAGGGUUUCAAAUGACCGGUCUGUUGUAUAUUGAGAGUACGACCAAUUUUAGGACACACAAAUUUAUCAAAAAUUGCCCCGACACCUGCCAGACUUUGCAUCAAAGACUAAACUUUCAGGACAAAAAGACAAAAUAAUAAAAAAAAACAAAGCCCAACUGAGAUUUGAAGAACACGCUGGAGAACAACUCGCUCCCUGAGGAAACGUGUUCAAAGUGGAUUACAGUUGAUGUUCAGGCGUGUUUUUCUGCGGCACAUCCAGGGAAGUUUUUUUGGGAAAACUUAACGCCAGAUGUUGACCAACGUUUUUCAGGCACCUUAUCAGAAACAAACAGGAAGUGUGCCGAGCCUUGUGGAGGGUUAUCUGCACUGCUGCUGCUGCUGCUACAGGUCGGCUGGAGGUUCCCUGUAUGAUGCCAUGCAACACUCCUUUAUAUAAUAGCAUGUGGAGACUCGCUUCUCUCUUAUAUUGGCAUGCACAAGACGUUACCUCAUUUUUUAUUUUUUACAUUUUUUCUUCUUUAACCUCCAUUUAUCCUCCUGGAUUUUUCUCUCAUUUGUUUUCACCAAAAGUGCACUGGCUAUUUAUUAUUGUUUAAGUUAUUUCAAAGCAUUUAAGUGUUGAAUGUUAAAGCAUUAAGGGAACAGGAACACUUCUUUUUUGAAGAUCACGGCAUGUCAAAAUACUAAAGCAUUAUGGCCUAAUUAGCUAUGGUAUAGCUAUGUAUACUCAAUGCAUGAUGUCAGUAUUAAAUUGCUUGCAGUUGUGGAGGGACCUCGGGAGCUGGAGGAUGAUGAUGAUGAUGAUCCUCCUCAUUAUUUUCAAGCUAACGACAGGAUACGGUGCAUGGCGGAGCUAACUGCCAGAGGGGACAAAUCUGCUAGGAAAAAAAAAAGAAAAAAAAAUGAAAAAAAAAAAUCAGAAGAGACAUAACCGGUGGUCUCUUUUUAAAAAAUGACAUUUCAGAAAUAACAUCCUCCUUUUUCAGUUACUUAAAGCUUUGAUCUUUGAUGAUGGAGUGCAUGGGAUCAUUUUAUGUGAUUUGUGACCUCAUUUUUUUUGCAUUUGACUUUUAAACAGUUUCAAGAAGGAAAGCAGUAAUAUUUGACAAAUUCCAUAGAUAUAUCUAAAAUUAGUUUCUAGUGCCUUGAACCCCUUCUCAUUAUAGAUUUGACUAAAGUGCCUCCCGUUACAACAGACGACAAAGAGCUUACUAUGUGCAGCUUAACUUCUCCUGCCAUAAAGAUGCACUACUCCCUGCACAUCUGGAAAAUAAGAGGGUUUACAGACUAAUAUGUGUAGAUAAAGUUAUGAAUAUAUUCCUUAUUCUGGGCCAGACUUAUUAGGCCUACAUAAACUCUGUUUUCCUGGAAGAUGACACACGGCUGCAGUGCACAUUUAGCAAGACAGAGGGAUUGUUUGCAUGGAAAUUCUAGAAAAGCCAGUCUUUUUUAUCAUUUUUGUGCAGGUACUUGAAUUGGACAUGUUUAAAUUCUAGUUUAAACUGGAAUUUAAGGUAAUUUGUGGCUAUCUCCAUCAUAGAGAUCCGGUAAAGUGAAUGUUAGCAAAGCCUCGGAAAGCUUUCAAAAUCAACUUAAGUUUUACAAAUCAUUGACUCCAAAUGAAAGUAGACACACAAAUUAGCUUCCUUGAUUAGCUGUAGUGGCUAAAUACAUAAGGAUCUACUUAUGGGGCAAACAGAUGGCUAACUGAGCUAGCUUUUACAUUAGCUAGCUUAAAAACAACCAAUUUAUCUGCAGAAACAUGUAUUACUAGUUUCAUAAACAGGAAAAUAACAAGUCUUAAAAAGGCUUUGUAGAGGCUGACUGUUUAUGGAAGUUUCCAGUUCUUUCUUUUAACUGAUUUUGGGGAGAGGAAACUGCCUCCAUUUUGACUCCAUUUUUUGUCUUUCCUCUUCCAUCUGAUUUAAAUCCUCAUCUGUUUCUCUGGUUUGGAUAAACAUGAUUCAGAUGCGCUACAGUAGCUAAUUCAGGGGUCUAAUUUCUGUGUUUACUUCAUUUGGAGUCAGAGACGAGUGUUUGAAAUGAUUCGUGCGAGUUGAAAUCUUGGAAAUCUUUAGGAGGCGUGGCCUGAUAUGUUGUCUUGAUGAGGUUGAAUAUUUACAGAGGAAGUGGUGGGUGCAAAGUUAGCGUGUCCAAUUCGUCAGAAACAUUAGAACGUUGAGGUUGAAAGAUACUAGAAAUUCAUCUGUAAAAGCAAAUCAGAUGGAUAAUUCAUAUCAACAGGAAAUACCUACAUUUCUGUAGGGCUCAUUAUUGUCAGGGUUUUUUUAAAUAUAAAAAUACAAAUGAAAAUUGUAUCAUAAAAAUACACAAUAUCAUGACUUCUACAUGGAGUUUUUCAGUCACCAUUAUAUUAUGGAUUUAUUAGUGGGCUUACACUGUUAAUCACUUCCAUUUCCACGCACAUUCAAAGGUCUCAUUUGUUUAAAGUCUGGCAAUAUUCAACAUUUAACUCACACCAACAAGCUGUUAGUUGGUCUUUCAGUUGGUCCCUCAGCACUUUCUGACUUCCCUACGUGGCCACCAUUUAUAACCCCAGUGGUUUGGGGAAAUAGCGCAUUUGUUGGGGACUACUUUCAGUGGCGGAUUUAUCCACAUUUGGUGCUCUAGUGAGUGUUUGUGGCUUUGGCUUAAUAUGCAGAACUUUUUAGUUGGGCAGAUUUGUUGUUGGUUGGUUUAGUGAACAUCACCAGACUUACAAAAAAAAAAAAACAUGAGGCAGGUUGGAAAACCUCCAUAUAUGACAUCAGUGGUAUCUACUGCUCUGACUGCAGCACAACAGUUCUUUUUCUAGACACUUUCUAUCAGCUGCCACUGCCAGAGGAAGUGUCUGAGUUGAACAGUGCCCUCUCUACACAAAACACUGCCGUUCUCUUAUUACUGGGACCAAAAUAUUCUGCUGAAAAUUACAUUUGCUGCUUUUAAGUUUAAAAAAAAAAUGGAGAAAAAUGAGCCUUAUAUGUCCAUAGCUUUGCUUUAGAGUCAUACCGUGAACCUUAUCUUGGCUGGUCUACCUCACAAGUUUUUGGUUAUGGAUGCUGCUGUGUAGAGUUGUGAUGUAUCUGACCACAGUAGAGGCAGUCAGCAUUUCCUCUGCAGAGCUGCAUUCAUCUGAACGUUACCACAGGCAUUAGUCACUCUGCAUGCCAGCAAAAUGGCGCUGCUGCUGCUGUUUUGUUUUGAGGAAGGAGCACAUGGCUGUGUGAGGUAAACGUUGUCUGUCCUGGGCUGUUUCUGUGCAGGGCAGGGUGUUAAAAAGACGAUGUGAGGACUGAAGUGUGAAACAAUCACGAGUGUUGACUCAGUCUGAUUGAGCCAAAAGGAUGUGGACAAAAUGUGAACAAAGCACGACUUUUAUUGUCUUAAUUUUCCCUUUCUGUAAUCAUGAAGGGUGUUUCAAGACCAUCCUUAAUGAUAUGUAUUCUUGAAAGCAAUCAGGGAGAACGGUCUCAGAUUAGUACACAAGAAUAUAUACUAUAUUUUGUUACUUUCUUGCUGGAUUUUCUGCAGCUUUAUAGGGACAACAUGAUUACAACAGUGGCUUUUCAUUUGUCCACUCAAUGUAGUUUACAAGAACACCUGGGAAAUAUUAAUACCUAAUGUAAUUUGCUGAUGAGGAUAGUGUCAUCACUAUUGUCUCAAGUCUGGCAAAGUAGACACUUUAUUAUGGAGAUUAAACUCUGGGAUUUGUAUUUUGAAAAUUUUACUUAAUGUUUUUAAUCCAAACCCAGAAAACAGGACACACUUGUACUAAAUUGCCUUUGAUCAAACUUCAGUUUCCUCACGCCACCACGUGCAGAAGCCCCGUGAAGUUGCUUUGAUUUGAAUUUAGAAAUAUCCCCCAUGUGUUUUUUAAAAGAGAACUUUCACGGAGCAGCUAAAACAGCCUGAACAGCCAAGCAGGGCCUCGUCUGACUCAGUAGCUUUUGUUACGUAAGAGUCUGCAGGUUUUUUAUUUUUCCAACCAAACACUUAUUUACUGAGCUCAUGACUAAAAUCAGCUGCUGUGGGAUUUGGUUUGGAUAAACAUUUCGGAGACUUUCGGGACAGUUUUAUACUUGAAACUGUUUUCUGCAGCUCUGGAGCUGAAUCUCAUCAGAGCUGACCUACACAUCUCCUUAUAUAACUGAGCUGAUCCCUCCCCUCACAUACACACAGGUGUUCUCACUUACCUGGGCUGAUUCUCUCAGGCUCAUGGUGAAUGUUUGGUGACUUCACAUUAAUCCCAGCAAACCUGCAACACCUGUUUAGGUGAGCUGCACCUUAAAGCUGCAGCACCUCACAUCUCUAACUUAUUAACUUAAAGAUUUUAACUUGUGUGUGCAAGAUUAGAAUUUAUGAUCUUUUCCACACAAAUUAUAAUCUUGUUUGCACAAAAUCCAGAGAGAAGACACCUGCUUCUUUGUUCAAGAUUAGAAUUUGUGCACAAAAACAACAUUAACUCGAUCAUUUUCAAUCAAAAAAUAAGUUAUCAAGACAAAUUUGUUCAUGUAAGAUCAUCAUUAGGCUCUGUCCUCACUUAUACGUUUUGUUUCUAAAUUUUUUGCACAAAAUCCUGAUACCUUCUUGUUCGUGCAAAAAUAAAGCUUUUGCAUGUACAAGAAACUGAUAAAAGAUGCUUCUUGUGUGAGCAUUUUAAUAUAUUGCAUCAGUGGAAGAUUAUUAUUCUUGCGCAGAAAAAAUAUUCACUUCGUAUGAACAACAUUAUAACUUGUAAUGGCACAAAUAUUGUUUGGAACUUUCAGGGAUCUGUAGCGCUGUUUUCUGAAACAGCUAGAAACUCCAGAAUGUCUGUAUUUGUGAAGGUUUAAUAAUUAAAAAUCUCUGGUUUUAUUUACAGAGCAUGUGUGCAGCAGCUGUGUGUCAUCACCCUGUUAGUUUAAGGCCUGUUUCACAAACUGCUGUUGAACGUGUGAAGAAAAAAAAAUCCCUUUAAUUAACGCUUCAGUGGAACAAAUUAAAAAACAGUAUGAAAGGUGCUACGUGUUAAACAUACAGUAGGUCCUAUUAUAGGGAGCAAAAUUACAAUUUACUCAACUUUUUUUUUAAAGAUUAAGUCACAUUUUAAAAAAAGAAGUUGUAUAUUUUCUUGACAACUAUUUGAAAUUAGUGAAUAAAACAACAUCAGGGUAGGUGGUAGUCUUGUGGUAUUUAUUUCUGUUUUAACACAUGUAGUGAAGGGACCAAAUUAAGUUUUAUAGUUAUUUCAUAUCAUCAGAGCAGCUCAACAGACAGAUAAUUAACAAAAAAAAUAAAAGGUACAUUUUCUAGAUUAAGGUUCAUAUGUUUUAAAAACUUUUACAGUUUUGUCAUUUUUAUCUGAUUUUUGUUUGAUAUGCAGUAAACAGGACAGAGAGUCACUUUUCCUUCCAAAUUAAAGUCCAGGUUUUGUAUCUACAGUAAAUAUGACUUUAUUAGCUUCCAACUGCCAAGUCGAAAAUAAUCAAUUUUCAGAUGAUCAUGAUUUAUCUCCAGUGAGCUGCAUAUCAACCAUUUCUGUUUUAGAUUUAUGUGUUUUCAUAUCUGGAAAAAAUAUCUCGGUCUUUUCUUGAUCUUUGACUGCUGACACAAGCCAUCAAUGCAGAGUUUCUCAACCGUGAGAGAUGUUAGGACUUAAAUGUCAAUGUUUAAUUGAUGUAUUCUUUCUUAAAGCUGUAUUAAUUGAUUUUAACAUUUGAUGUUGUAUCACCUUUUGAAUUUGUGAAAUGAGAUUUUGAAGCAAAAAAACUGCAGAAUUAUGUGAUAAUUUUCUGUCAGUUCAGCAGUGACCACCAUGGUAAUUUAAUCAGUUGUUACCAAAAUAUUAUUGAUUAGUGCAGCUUUGAAUGAGGAAUUGGUUCGGAAUUUUGAAUGAUAAUUCAUCUGCAGCUGCUGCCAUUCCCUUAAAAUGAGAUUAUGCCUGUACAACUUGUUCAGAUUUCUUUCUAUUUUACUGAUUUGUUGAUCAAUUUUUCAAUUCAAUUUUGAAAACUGAUUAACAAUUAAGUCACUAAUUAAGCAAAAACACUCUAAAUUUGGUGAUUUUAGUCAAUCUUUGUUCUGUAUCUUUGUAAAUUUAAUCAUCUUGGGGGUUUUGAGAUUGUUGUUCUGUCAGAGGAAGCAGUUUAAAGACAUCAGAUUCAUUGAUUCAGGUCCUGGACUUUAUGAUGGGCCUUACUGUCUUUAUUUUUAAUAAUUAAAAGUCCAGUAGAUUAAUUUUUGAAUAGAAAAUUGUGCUUAAAAUACAUUUCAGCUUUAAAAAGAAUUGAAAACAAACUUUAAGAGAGUGAAUAAAAUUAUGAAAAAUGUCAUUAGUUGCAGCCCCAGUUAAAUUUUGGGACUAAAUGAGCCUGAAAUUUACUUUUUAAUUAUGGAAAUAAUGAAAAUAAAUGGUUUAAAAAUCAACCAAACAAUCUUUUAAAUAUUAAAAAUUCUGACCUCAGCUCAAUCUGAUGUUUCAAAACUGCUUAUUUUUACUGCAUUACCCUUUAAAAAACCAAAGAAAUUCAAUUUUACAAAGAUAGAAAAUAUAAAGCUAGAAGCGGGUGGAGAAACUCUUCAUCAUGUUUUACAAGUGUUCAUCAGGAAAAUCUUUGAUUUAAAAAGCAAUGACUUUAGUGACGAUGACAACGAUGAAGAAGAAGAUGAUGGCGAUGAUGAACUGAGGAUUUUUAAGUGUGAAAAUGUUUUUAAGGUGCAAAGAGAAAAGCCUAGAAAGUGUCGCGGUGCAUUGAUGACUCUGCUGCUGAAAAGGUGCAUGAAUGACUGAAGACUGAACUGCAUGAUCAUAACAUGAAAAUAAAUUAAUGCUGGUCAUAUUUUUGCUCACACAGACAUUACCAUUAUUAAGACUAUUACUAUAUUAUUUCUCGCUUCAGGAAAUCGUUUUAAAACUGGUGUAUUUUCACCUGGAGGAUCGGUUGCUUUGGGACUAAUUAGUCAUUUAGCAGUAGUUUGUCUGUUCCCUCUCGUCCUAACUAAACAGUCAGAAGCCAAAGUCUCGUCCUGAAGACGAAGACUGAAAGUCCCGGUGCUGGAAACAUAAUUUAAAAAAAAUAAAAAAUAAAAAAAUUAAAAUCCUCUCCACCGGGCUGUUGAGAUCCUCCCUGAACCCCCACAGUUGUUCACGUCACAGUACGUCCAUUCUUUUUUUUUAACUUUGUUUUUCUUACGCUGCAGUAUGCAAUGUUUGUCAUUUGUUGGUGAGGCAUAGUCUGUAACCUAUGCAAGGUUAGUCGACAAUUUAUGUCCAUUCUGAUUUCAUCCUAUAACAACAGUUUCAAUAAAUUUUGAAAGAUAUGA